AUGAAAUUUUUACCACAUCCCUACCAACUUAUCUUUGUAACACUUAAUCAUAAAAAUAAUGCAUUACUUUUACAAGCUGAAUUAAGCAAAUUGUCUCAAAUUACACAAGCAAAUAAUGAAUUAAAUCAAUUAAGAAAAGAACUUGAACAACAUAAAAAAGAAAAAAGUCAAUUAAUUGAAGUAAAUGCAUAUUUAGCAAAGGAAAAUAAAAAAUUAAAGAAAAAGACUAAAAACUGUAUGUGUUCUCCUAUGAGCAUUCAAUCUAGUCAAGAUUAG